AAUAUAUAUAUAUUCACAAGAACGACUUCUAAGAAUUCGAUCUAGCUACCUACUCAUCAAUUUGUAGAUCAUCUACUCUUACAUCUUCCCUAGAAAGCAACUUCAUAUUUGAUAUAGAUCGAUUCCUCAAAGUCGUAUCCACAUAAUUGCAUAUCAUUCUCCAAUACAGUCACCAACGACACCAACCAAAGACAACCUCACAAUGGCUCCAGCACUCAAACCAGAGCAAGUCGCCAUCAUCAAGGCCACCGUUCCCGUGCUCGCAGCACACGGCCUCGCCAUCACGACGAAAUUCUACCAUGACAUGAUUGAAGCCAACCCGGAACUCAAGAACAUAUUCAACAACACCCACCAGUCCACUGGUCACCAACCUGCCGCUCUCGCAGGAGCUCUCUACGCAUAUGCCGCCAACAUCGACGCUCUCGGCAACCUCUCCGCAGCCGUGGAACUCAUCUGCCACAAGCACACCAGUCUGUUCAUCCGCGCCCCUCACUACGCCAUUGUUGGCAAGCACCUUUUGGAGACUAUGAAAGUCGUCCUCGGUGAUGCAUGCACAGAUGAGAUCCUCGACGCCUGGGGUGCCGCCUAUUGGCAAUUGGCCGACAUCAUGAUCAAUAAGGAGGCGGCCAUGUACGAGGAAACGAAGCAAUGGGACGACUGGAAGGAAUUCACCAUCGCCAAGAAGGAAAAGGAGUCGGAGCAGAUCACUUCUUUCUAUCUAGAGCCGGUCGACAAGGCCCUCAAGCUCCCCAUCUUCAAGCCCGGACAGUACAUCUCCGUGAACAUCUUCGUCGACGAGUUGGGCGUGUGGCAGGCGAGACAGUACAGUCUCAGCGACGCACCUGGAAAGAGCUAUCUCCGCAUCAGCGUGAAGAAGGAGGCCGGCGUCGAGAUUGGCGAGCCGAAGAGCAUGACGCACGAGGGCUACCUAUCCAACCUCCUACACCAGACCAAGAACGAAGGCGACAUCGUCAAGGUCUCACAUCCGUGGGGCGACUUCUUCUUGGACGAGGACAAGAUCGCAAAGGACGCGCCCGUCGUCCUCAUCGCCGCCGGUGUCGGCCUCACCUGCCUCAACAGCAUCUUCACCCACCUCGCCGCACAGAAGACCUCCCGCCCCAUCGUCUGGAUCCACGGCGCUCGGGACUCGAACCAUCGUGCCUUCAAGGCACACACUGACAGCCUCGCUGCGAACAACGAAAACGUACAGACGGUUUACUUCUCCUCUAAACCCCAGGCCGAGGACGUUCAGGGCCGAGACUACGACAUCGAGGGCCGCAUCGAACUGGCCAAGGUCGGCAGCGAUAAGCUGUUCACCGGCGACAACAAGGCCGAGUACUAUACUUGCGGACCCAAAGACUUCAUGCUGAGCAUGGAGGAGCAAUUGAAGAGCCUCGGCGUCCCCAGCGAGAGGAUACAUAUGGAGCUCUUCGGCACCGGAGGCGUCCCAAGGGUUUAAAGAAAGAGAAGACGACGACGAAAAAAUCAUGGCGAACUUGACAGCAUAUUAUUCCACUACGCCCAGACAAAAAUAUCUUCUUACCGGGUUUCCCCUUUUUUUCGACGCUAUUUGUUUUCCAACAUCACGAUGAGCAUUUCCAAAUCCUGCGGCAUUUUCUGAAUAUAUGUGUGUAUAUAGUGUAUAACUAGACGAACUCUAAUGAUCAAAUUCCGGGUCUUCCAAGAUCCUCCCUUCUAUA